UCGGGGAAAGUGAGAGUUUGCGUUGUGUGAAAUUGUUUAGAAUUUCAACGCAGUUCCCAGACUAAUGUAGUUGCUAGCUAGCUGGCUAGCUGAGGUGUUGAAUGCUUCUGUUAGCUAGAUCGCUAUUUAGCUAAUAGUAACGAAGCUACAUGUAAUUAAAUAUAACAUCCGAGUUCUGAAACACUAUUGGUGAUUACCCGUAGUGAUGGCAGUUGUUUUAAAUUAGUGAGAGUAUUACGAUCUGCCCUUUAUCCCUGAAGCCGGUAACGUUCGCUAACAUUGCCUUGCUAGCAAGCUAGCUAACUAGCAUGUAUUUUUCAACGUUUCUUAUUCGCUAACGAACGUUAGCUCAAUAUGGUUAGCUAAAUUAGCUUGUUAGCUUCAUAGCUAACGUUAGCUGGUUGGCUAACUGUUAGCUAGGUAUAUGGCAUGAUAAAAUUGGCUAACGUUUUCAGUGCUAAUGGUAGACAGUUGUUCAGCUAUGUGUAGGCUUUCCCCAAAACUAGUCGAGUGUUUAACCAUGUAGCUCUAACAAUAGCCAGUUAAUCGCUUUUGGUCGAGAUGAAGUCGGGAAAUUGUGGAACGUUGGAUUUCGAUAAGAAAGGGAAGAAAGACGUGUGCCCCGUUUUGGACCAGUUUUUGUGCCAUGUUGCGAAGACCGGAGAGACGAUGAUUCAGUGGUCACAGUUUAAAAGCUAUUUCCUCUUCAAACUGGAGAAGGUGAUGGAUGAUUUUCGAGCUUCGGCCCCAGAGCAGAGGGGGCCAGCCAAUCCGAACGUCGAGUGCAUUCCUUUUGAAGAGAUGAAGGAGAGGAUACUCAAAAUAGUGAAUGGCUACAAUGGAAUCCCUUUCACCAUCCAGCGCCUGUGCGAGCUGCUGACGGAGCCCAGGAGGAACUACACGGGGACGGACAAGUUUCUACGGGGGGUGGAGAAGAACGUGAUGGUGGUCAGCUGUGUUUACCCCACGUCUGAGAAAAAUGGAUCCACCACUGUGAACCGGAUGAACGGGGUCAUGUUUCCCGGGAAUUCGUCGACUUAUUCAGACAGGAACGUGAACGGGCCAGGCACACCCAGACCACUCAACCGACCAAAGCUCUCCCUCUCCAGCUCGCUGGCCACGAACGGCCUUCCGGACAGUACGGAAAACAAGGCGCCGGCCACAGAGAUGGGAGACGGCAGCCCUCUCAGCGAUUCGUCCGUGUCAGAAGGAGACGGCACCCCGGGGGGCCCUCUGAAGAACAAACACCAGGAGGACGAGGACGCCAUGGAGGCCGAGCAGCACGAGGUCAAGAGGCUCAAGUUCGACAGAGACGACGAGGACGAGGACGACGACGAGGAAGAGGAAGGGGGGAAGGAGGCGGCCUGUCCCGCCCAAGCAGAGAGCUCGUCGGAAAUGCCCGAGGAGGCGGAGUCUUCCUCCGACGUGCGCGAGGAGGGCGAGAAGAACAGCGAAGCGGCCAGCAGCGUCACGUCUGAAGACCAGGAGCCCUCCAGCACGCAGACGGAGCCCUCCUCAGGAGGCAGCCGGGAGGAGGAGGAGGCGGCGGAGAGGGAGGUGUCCUCGGCCUCGGCGGAGGCGGCGGCGCAGGAGGAGGGCGGAGAGAUGGACCAGUCCCAGCAGCCGGCCCCGGCGGACAGCUCUCCCAGCCCCGAGGCUCAGGAGGGGAGCGAGGCGGGAGACCCGGUCAGCAGCAGCAGCAGCAGCAGCAGCGAGGACAGCGCGUCCGGAGAGCCCGGCUCCUCCAGCAGUACGCCCGAGUCGGCAGCAGAGGGCGCCGCCGAGAGCGGCACGCACGUCGCGGACACCUGCGAGGAGCCCAUGGAGCAAGACUAGCGACGCUCCCUCCACUUUAUACACUGUAUCAGACAGCAGCCGCGAGAUCCAUGUAAAAAAACAAAAAAAAAAAACAAACAGUGGACCUUUAGUUUCCAUGGAGAGGGCUGCCCUUCUACGGGCUCCCUGAGGGUUGGUUGGAACCCCAGCCCCCGCCUCCAGAAGGCCACUCGUCGGUGGUUUGUGUAUAGAUUUUUUUUCUCUUUUUUUUUUUUUUGCAAUUUAAAAUGUUUUCCAACUGGAAAGUCGUUAUUUUGACAGUAAUUUUUUUGAAGCUCAUGACAUUUGUUUCCAUGCAGGCCUUCUUUCUGUUCCCGGCAGGUUUUUCCACUCGGUCGUCCUUUCAGCAUUUGUCACUUUGGGUGUGUGUACCUCUUCGUUUGUACGAAAAAAAAAAAGAGAGAGGAAAAAUAAGCUGCCUGGAUGCCUCCAUUUCACAUCGUGGUUCUCCGGUUC